AUGUCCUCCAAUUUGGCUGUUGUUAUAUGCCACGGCUUCUUCCACAAUGCUGCUAUCUACCGGCCUCUAGUCGAUGCCUUGAAAUCUCAUGGAAUCGACGCCUACUGUCCUCAACUUCCCAUGUCCGAUCUAUCCAAGCUCAAUGUUGGCGAUAUCAUCUCUCCGAAUUUUGACCUCGAUCCUCCCUCUGGCGGCUAUCCGCAGGGCGAAGAAGAUACUCAGGCCGUACUCGCAGUUCUGAAGCUUCUGGUAGAGGAUCAAAACAGAAGAGUUCUUCUUGUCGCUCAUUCAGGCGGAGGCUUUGCCGCGACUCAAUCUGCUAUCCCAGAGUUACAAGAGAAUCACCGUCAAUCUCGAGGUCUGACUGGAGGGAUUGUCGGCAUCUUCUAUUACGGUGCCUUCAUUGUGCCUCUUGGCGAAUCUUUACAUACCACCUUUCAGCCCAAAGAUGGCCGAAUUGUGACGCCACCUUGGUUGCAGUUCCAUGAAAAUGGUCGAGUUGGCAUCGGAACAGUCUUUGAGCCUGAGAAGUACCUUUUUAAUGGUCUGGAUGAGGGACAAAUGCAGAAGUGGAAACCAUUGCUGACGGGGUCUCCAAUGUGUAUGACGAAGCUCACCAACAACGCAUAUGAGACGCUUCCUUGUGCAUACCUUCAUUUGGAGGAAGAUCGCAUGCUACCAAAAGCAGUCCAAGAGAAAUUGGUAGCUGCGCAGAGCGAGAAGACAGGGGCGUUCAAAGUGUACAACUGCGCCUCUGGGCACUCUCCCCAUUUGAGCCAUACGGAGGAGUUGGUGGACAAGGUCCUGGAUUUUGCAAAUGGGUUGGUGUCAUAA